AUGUCUCACCAAAACGGACGAGAAGAAGAUCUAGACGAUAUGCUCGCGGCCGACGAGGCAGCCGAGGAGAUUGAGCAGGGCGACGACAUAGCCAUGGACUCCGAGGAGGACGGCGACGGCGGCGGCGACGACGACGACGACGACGACGGCAACGGCGGCCAGGAAGAGCUCGUGCUUCACAACGACUCGAUCGGCUACUUCGACGAGCCGCAGGACUCUCUCUUCUCGAUCGCGCAGCACCCCAUUCACUCGUCCCUCGUGGCCGUCGGAGGCGCGGCCGGGUCGGACGAGGACGCCCCGGGCGCGGGCUUCAUCGUGGACACGUCCUCGGCGCCGUCGCGGCCGGUGCUGCCGGCCAGCUACGCGGCGGACCCGGCGUCGGCGUCGGGCGGGUCGGCUCAGGGGCAGCACCAGCUCAAGAGCCUCUUCUCCAUCGAGGGCCACACCGACUCGAUCAACGCUCUGACGUGGACGCUCCCGCACGGCGAGGUGCUCGUCAGCGGCGGGCUGGACGGGCGGAUACGCGCCUGGAGGACGGAGGUCCGGCCGGGCGAGGGCGUGAAGGUGUCUCUCAUCGGCGAGGCCGAGGAAGUGCCCGAGGUGAACUGGCUGCAGGCCUGCCCGUCGCCGGCCAACCCCAACACCGUCGCGCUCGGCGCGUCCGACGGCUCCGUGUGGGUGUACACCAUCGACCCGACCGACGAGGCCAACCCGCUGCAGAUCGUGCAGUCGUACUUCCUGCACACCAUGCCCUGCACGGCCGGCUGCUGGACGCCCGACGGCCAACUCCUGGCCACCGUGUCCGAGGACAGCAGCCUGUACGUCUGGGACGUGUGGGGCCAGGCCGCCGCCAGGGGUCUCACCGCCGGCGGCGACGGCGGCACCACGGUCGUCUCCCAGACGGGCGAGGACCAGCGCUUCGAGGUCCCGGGCGGCCUGUACUCCGUCGCCGUCGACCCCAAGGGCGGCUUCGUCGCAGCCGGCGGCGCCGGCGGCGUCAUCAAGAUCGUCUCCCUCCCCCGCCUCACCCCUCCGACCCAGUCCAGGUCCCAGGCCCGCGGCGCCCAGCGCGGCAACAAGGCCUCGUCCGACUCCGCGGGAGGGCAGAUCCUCGCCUCCCUGCAGGCCCAGUCCGACAGCGUCGAGUCCCUCGCCAUCUCCAUGACCAGCGCCAGCCCCCCGACCGUCCUGCUGGCCGCUGGCUCCGUCGACGGCUCCAUCUGUGUCUACGACGCCACCCGCCGCUUCGCCGUCAGGAGGCACCUCGUCGGCGCCCACGAGGAGCACUCCGUCGUAAAGGUCGAGUUCGUCCGUGACUCGUGGCUCCUCACCAGCUGCGGCAUGGACGGUGUCGUCCGCCGCUGGGAUCUGCGCGGCAGCGCCGUCUCCGGCCCCGGCGCCUCCUCCGGUGCCGGCACCGACAACGCCGGCCUGUUGAAGGAGUGGAGGGGUCACCGUGGUGACGGUGAAGGGGGCGGCGUCCUCGGCUUCGUCCAGGGCGAGACCGGCUCUAGGAUAAUCACGGCUGGUGAUGAUAGUAUUGCCCUUGUGUUCGAGGCUUAG